AGCACCACAACAUUUUGUUGGCUUCUUAAAUAUAAUCUGCUGGCCGACGUGCAACAUGGCUACUGUUAAUGUUGGAGCCGGAGACUCAGAGGAUAGUGGAGAAGCAUCGCCACUAGAUGAGAUGUGUGAUAUGCGUACACUGUAUGACAAACUUCACCCAGCUCGCACUGAAUGGUUUAAUAUUGGGUUGACACUGAACUUACCAAUCGAAUCAUUGAAAGAGAUUGACCUUCUUCAUAAGCAAGAUCCUAAGACGUGUCUCUGCACAAUGCUGACUAGAAGACUGGAUGCAGGUCCCCUCUCAUGGGGGGAAGUGUGUGACUGUCUUCGAUAUCCAAUCGUGGGUCGUAACAAUUUAGCAGAGGCAAUUGAAGAGUGGAGAAAAGCUUUUCCAAUAGAAAUGAUGGGCAAAAAGCACUCUAAGACAACACCUGCUCAAGUUCCUUUUCCUUUAUCAAAAGUAGUGACUGGCCAUAUGCAUGGUCCUGUAAAUUAUCACUCCAGUUUGGAUGAUCAAGUGGAUCACCUGGAGACAUCGUUUCAAUGGCUAACGAAUGAAGCAUUUCGAAGAAUGAAGAUAUCUAAUGUUAGUGUUGACGAUUUCUAUGUCGCUAUAUCAAAUAUGAAGCUAUCAAUGAAAUGUCUAGCUAAAAAGUAUGUUGAAGAAUGCUUUGAGAAAGCCAGUACGCUCCCAAAAAUUUGGGGCAAACUAAAUCAUUUCUGGAAUUUCUUCAACUAUGAGCUUUUCCAACAAGUGGUUCGAGUCAUGUUCACUAAAGCAGAUGAUCCUUUGCUGAGCCAACUAGCCGAAUAUGAGAAUGAGAUGAAAACAUUUCUUUGUAGAACAAAACUUUGUGACUUUGUUGACCAUUGGCCAUUUUCAAUUGCAAAACCAAAGAAAAAAGCAAUAAAACAACUUAAAAGAAUAUUUGUUACAGUGGACAAAAAAUGGGAAGACUGCACUUUACACGAUGUGAAGAAAACUAAAACAACAUUUUCAGUAGGUUUUUCGCUACCUCAGGAAUUUAUGGUGCUGAAAGGUGCUGGUACCGGCAGUGUGUCAAUCCUCUUACAUGCCCCUCCAUCUCUGGCUAACUCAAUAGAGGAACAGGUGAAACAAGGAAAGGAUGACUUCUUAGCAGACAAUGGCUUUCUUUCCAUCACCAUCGAUGGUGUCCAGGUCUAUCCCCACACUCCAAUGAGGCAGGCCUCUCUACAAGUUUUAACAAUGGAAACACUAAAGAAAGAAACUAAAUUCACUGACGAGCAGCUGGACACAAGAGUAGAAAAAACUGACCUACCACAAUUAUCGUCAUAUUUCGACAACAUCUAUGACGGCUAUCUUGAGAAGCUGGGCCUCUCAUCUGGACAGCAAACUGAUGUGAGGAGUCAUGCAUUCGUACACGGUAGUCAGGGUGGAAUGUUGUUAGCUCUGACAUACUGGCUGGACAGAGUUGUUGCAGAGGGCACAUUCAGAGCUCUGCUACUCAUCUUACUCUCCCUGGGCAAAGAAGACGUUGCUAUCAAGGUGGCACAGUACUUGUCAGCCAAGGGUUAUUCCAUAACAACAUCUGAGCUGGAUGCAAUGGAGAUCAACACCAAAGAACCUAUUGAAUCAAAAAGUGAUGAUCAAACUAUCAACGAACACAAUGCAAUGAUAAUAAAUAUCCUGGAAACCAAGUACAAUGUGGACAAUGAUGCUGCAGUUCUAAUCAAAGAGCUGACACUCGAGGAUAACAGAGAUGUAACAACAAAAAUUAACAAGAACAAUCAACUUCUCCUAGCUUGCAAGUUUGGGUACACUGCAGUUGUCCGAUAUCUGAUCAAUAAAUGCGAUGUGGAUGUUGAUGGAGCUGUGACCAGUGAUGGGCUAACUCCACUGGGAGUGGCAGUCAGAGAGGGGCACCUGGACACUAUCAAGUACCUCAUCAUGGAUUGCAAUGUGGAUGUCAGUGAUUCUGCACAAAUAGUUCGUAUCCUAGAGCUGACACUGAAAGAUGAAGGUGAUGUAACGACCAAAGUUAACGAGAACAAUCGACUUCUCCUAGCUUGCAAGUUUGGGUACACUGCACUUGUCCGAUAUCUGAUCAAUAAAUGCGAUGUGGAUGUUGAUGGAGGUGUGACCAGUGAUGGGCUAACUCCACUGGGAGUGGCAGUCAGAGAGGGGCAGCUGGACACUAUCAAGUACCUCAUCAAGGAUUGCAAUGUGGAUGUCAGUGGAGCUGUGACCAGUGAUGGGCUAACUCCACUGGGAGUGGCAGUUAGAGAGGGGCACCUGGACACUAUCAUGUACCUCAUCAUGGAUUGCAAUGUGGAUGUCAGUGGAGCUGUGACCAGUGAUGGGCUAACUCCACUGGGAGUGGCAGUUAGAGAGGGGCACCUGGACACUAUCAAGUACCUCAUCAUGAAUUGCAAUGUGGAUGUCAGUGACCUAAUAAGCAACUGGCUGAUCUACUGCCGCUGGCCCCUCCAGAUGACAUGCAAGGAUUGGACACAACAAUGUGCCUAUCGUACUGUUUGUGCUUUUGUUUGCUAUAUGUGUUAAAAACUGAUUCAAUGCUCUCACUGGAUACAUGGGGGGGUGGGGGUUAUACGUGCACUAAUGGGUGUUGUAUAGAAACACCCUAUAAGGGUGUCGUAUUUGACACCACUAAGGUGGUGCCGUAUAGGCCGAUUGCUUUUUGAACGCCCACUAACUACUUCCUGUAUAGCUUCGGCAGUAAAAUUGUGCUGAGCUGGCAUACACUUUUACAUUGAAGUGAUUGUAAAAUCAAUGCGUUUUGCAGCCUCUGCACUCUGCAAUGCAUGCGCUAUUAUUCUAAAGAAAGGAAGUUUGUGAAAUAUUGAAAUAAGAGCUAUAAUAAUGCUCAAGGAUGGUGGAAUAUCUCCUCUACACAAUUCUGCAGAUGCCUACUAUGUACAAAUAAGAUGUUCAAUGUAAAAGGGUGUGCCAGCUCAGCACAAUUUACUGCGGAAGCUAUACAGGAAGUAGUUAGUGGGCGUUCAAAAAGCAAUCAAAAUUCCAGGCUCUUAAACGAAUAGGACUAUUGAUUGACACUCCUUUUUGGUGUUAUCAUAACACCCCAUUUCUUUACGGUGUAUACGGUAUACUAAAUACUAAAGUAGCAAAAAAAUGAGAGUACCUACCUGAGCCACUGUAUCGAUAUCCAUCUUGUAUCGAGAAUCAGGCAGUAAGGAUGGCAGGCAAUACAACAGCACAGCGAGUUCAAUAUUGCCUAUAUGAAAAGGAACAAAGAAGAGUAAAGAAUAUACAUGCACAUAAUUAAUUAUAGAUUGUUACUCUUAACCAUGUAUGAAAAUGUUGACAACAUAAAACCAGCCAGACCCGCACAAGGCAUGGUCACUGGACAACAGAAAACAAAACACACAAAGCCAGCCAGACCCGCACAGGGCAUGGUCACUGGACAACAGAAAACAAAACACACAAAGCCAGCCAGACCCGCACAGGGCAUGGUCACCGGACAACAGAAAACAAAACACACAAAGCCAGCCAGACCCGCACAGGGCAUGGUCACCGGACAACAGAAAACAAAACACACAAGGCCAGCCAGACCCGCACAGGGCAUGGUCACCGGACAACAGAAAACAAAACACACAAGGCCAGCCAGACCCGCACAGGGCAUGGUCACCGGACAACAGAAAACAAAACACACAAGGCCAGCCAGACCCGCACAGGGCAUGGUCACCGGACAACAGAAAACAAAACACACAAAGCCAGCCAGACCCGCACAGGGCAUGGUCACCGGACAA